UACGGGCCAUGCUGUUUCAGUGCCCUGUCUGCUCCCAUGGCGGACACCAAGAGUGCUACCGCCGGUACCAUGCGGAGCAACCGAUGCUUGAAGUCCAUAUGCCACCCUCUCCAUCAUUGAGUGAAAUCGGACUGCGCGGACGAUCAUUAUCGAGAAGCGGUACUGAAAUGGCAGAAGACGAAGGCAGCAAUUCUACGGAUGGAAAGUUUGAGGCUUCAGGUCUCCCUACCCCUGCUACGCUUGCACAAACGCGGCGAUUAAUGGGGCAUCCGUGUGCGGCUGGAUGUGGACAUUACUGCUGGAUGGCAAACGAGAGAGUGGAAGAGGUGCUGUGAUCGGCGCCCUACAAGUAGUGUCGCGAUUCACACAAGGCAUAGAGCUCCCAGUUUGUUUUCUAUCUGGCCAUUCGACUAGCUCUAUGUCGACACAGUCUUUGCGCAGCUCCAGAUGCCUGAAACCCCGCAACGUGUUGUUCAUACUCUGUCGUCUCGACUGCGCGAAUCAAACUUCAAGGCUCUACACAUCUCAAUACUUUCCUUCUGCUGCGCUUUAAUCCCACUGGUCCACCAUACCCGAUAUGGUUAUUGUACCUCCUUGUGAUAUCUUAACUUAACUUGCACCUGUCACGAAUUGGAAAAUUCUUUCGAAAUGUCUACUCAUGGCUAUGGCUCAUGGGGGCGCUGUGCCUCGUGUAUAACGCGCUGCAAUGUUCUAUAUCCACGGAGACUUUUGAACUGUGAUCAUCUACGGAGUGACUGCGAAAUCAAUGUGGUAUGACUUUGCAUCGCAGUUAACGCAGCCCGACCCGCGCUCGUGUCUCUAGCGCACUUGCCCACACCUUCGGCACUAGUUGAACUACUUUUCACCUGUGGCGCUUCUCUGUACUAGGACUACGCUCUGAUUUUUUCCGUCUUCGAAUGCAUGAGCUGAUGUUCUCAACACAUCCGUGACGUUUGACAUCAUGUAUUGCUUUCUUAGUCCUAUCAGGAAAAGACUGCGCAUCAAGGUUUAGACAGCGUAUAAGACCACGUAUCCGCUCGAUGCACCAUAUCAAUUUCGCCGAAUUUCUUCGCAUUGCCACGUUCUCCCUCGUAGCUGAUGCACUUCUUGGUGCCGAUGCCUCAUCCAUACGAUACUCCGAUGCCCUGUUCGUCACAGAGGCAAUAUCAAACCUGUGGGGUCUCUCGAAGACUUGCUCAACCCCGCCAGCUGAACUCUUGGAUGAGGUGAACUCACAUCUAAAUAGAUGGUUCCCUCACCUCAAUCAUCAAGAUCGCCUCUUGGACUUCGUGAUUCCCACGUAUGAGACGAUGUGGCGGGUCGUUGCCCUCGCUAUUGCGCGCGCUGUCGAUAGCCGUGAUCGUGUCGCCUUUCGGGCAUUUCUGGAGACUCCAUCGAGUCGACAAUUUGGUACCUUCAUUGACGAUGGUCCUAGUGUAGAAGCCUACGUCAAUGAGGUACUGCGUCUUCAUCCUCCCACCCGACAUAUCUCCAGGACUAUCCAGCCCUCGUCACCUCUUCUUUCUGCAUUCAUCCCCGCAGCUAUUUUAGAUUGGGCUCACAAGGCUUUCACUCAAACCGCAGUUGCAGACAUCGAAGGUCUCCAUCAGAAUCCCCUUAUUUGGGGUGAUGACGCGCGGCGAUUCGACCCUAUGCGAUUUCAGGACAGGCGCCUGACCCUCGAGCAGAAGACGUGCCUGCUUCCAUUUGGGUACGGGGCACUCAAAUGUAUCGCAUACAACGCAGCACCUAAGAUCGCAGCAAUAGUUGCGGCGGCGGUGAUGGAGCUCUUCGAUGAAGAAGGUUCGGGAAAGGGACUCAUGUUGGUACGUGGCGAAGUCAUGGGAGGGAGGGAGGGGUGGAAUGGAUGGGCCUUCGAAAGGAAGACGACGAUUGACUACAGUGGCAAGAACGACGAUAUCCUGCUCUCAGUACUCUAG